AGAUCAAUGGAAGUUUUGCUUUUCUAAAAAAAAAAAGAAAAAAAGAAAGAAAACAAACAGAACCGAGCUUUAGCUUCCACCGAGAAAUAUUCCCUAUCUCCGACGGCAAACCAGGCCUGCGACCUUGAGACAGAGACGGAGACAAAGCGAGAGAGAAAAUGGGUUUCUUCUCUUUUCUUGGAAGAGUUCUCUUCGCCUCUCUAUUCAUCCUCUCCGCUUGGCAAAUGUUCAAUGACUUUGGAGCUGACGGUGGUCCAGCGGCUAAAGAGUUGGCUCCGAAGCUUGAUCUGACCAAAGCACAUCUCUCUUCCAUAUUCGGAGUAGCAUUGCCCGACAUAGAGGUGAAACAAGUCGUAUGGGCAAUUGUUGCUCUGAAAGGACUCGGAGGCUUACUCUUUGUUAUUGGCAACAUCUUUGGCGCCUAUCUUCUGGCUUUCUACUUGGUGGUCGUUAGUCCCAUCUUAUAUGAUUUCUACAACUAUGGACCCGAGGACCGCCAAUUCUCUCUUCUGUUGACUGAAUUCUUGCAGAGCGUUGCGCUUCUCGGGGCAUUGCUAUUUUUUAUCGGAAUGAAGAAUUCGACAACCACUUCCAAGAGGAAUCUGAAGAAGAGGACACCCAAGCCUAAAGCUGCUUAGCUUCUAUUCUCUCUUCCACAGACAAGUGUCAGGCUGAUGUCUUCAAGCACCAACUUCAAUUUUCUUCCUUACAACUUCUGGUUCUUUUUCUAUUCUAGGAUUCUAGAUUUAGCCACAUUUUGUAUUUUCUCUGUUAGUUCAAAUUUAACUUUGGGAUCUAAGAGUUUUCUUUUGUUGAAUCAUACAAUUCUUUUCAGUGAUCUUAAUAUUGGGUCGAGGAGACAUUUUUUUGUGUCAUCGGUUAGAACUUAGAAACCGUGGCUUUUAUUCGAUAAAUUUCUUUUCUUUUCAUGUGAAACUUAAUUA